AUGCCCUCAGAGCACCGCCGUCGUCCUGCUGCUCCGGUACGUCCGACAUCGAUACGAGCCCUGAUCGCCUCGGCCGUCUUUCUUCUCCUCGCAUUCACCCACACGGUGACAGCAUUCACCGUUGCCAUCUCGGAAAAGGACGAGCUACGCCAGACAUGCUCCGGAAUGGUGGCAGGCGGCGAUAGCCACAUCGAAGCCUUCUUCCACAAGGGCGCUACGGGGACGGUUGCGACCAUGUUUUACGAAUUUGCCGAUUUCGACAAGCUUGGCAAGCUGAGCGACGACAGGGACGCUUUUGGAUACCAGCUCAAGAGCUACAUUUGCACUCCGAACGCGGUCACAGAAAAGCUGUGUACUACGGCACAGCUGGGUAGCUUUAUCGUCGACGAAAGCCAUGGCAAGGCAAGCACCGUGCAGCUGCAGAGGAUGGACUUCGGCCCGAGCGGAUCACCCGAGGAAACGACACUCCGCUACAACGUCACCAAGACCGGAUACUACUGCUUCGGUGCGACCGAAGUUCCGCUGCAAACCCUCGAGACCGCCGCCUCGGGUAAGGGUGACGUUUCCGUCCACGCCGCCUUCGAAGGUCGCGUCGAGUUCUUCAACAAGUUCAAGGGCAAUCUUCCUGCCGCCGAAUACCCCAAGCUCAAUUUUUACUUCGCUAUGACGGUUGCCUACAUCGCCUUGGGAUCCUACUGGCUUUCGCUCUGCAUCAAGCACAAGGACGAGAUCUUGACAGUGCAGUACUUUAUCUCGGGCACCAUUGCGUUCCUCGUCGUGGAGAUGGCUUCGCAGUGGAUCUACUACUAUUAUCUCAACGCCCAUUUGAUCGACUUCUUCAGGGUCAGAGAGGUGAAUGGCCACACGAGCGUUACGGCGGUGGCAAGAUUCUUACUCGUGUUGACGAGCAUUCUGGAUGCGGGUAGGAACUCGGUCUCAUUCUUCCUGCUGCUGAUCGUAGCCAUGGGAUACGGAGUCAUUCGGCCGUCCAUUGGAGCCGUGAUGACGAGGGUGCGAUUGCUUACGGCGGCGCACUUUGUGUUUGGUGUCCUGUAUUCGGUCGGCAUCGUGCUCAUCCAGCUGGACCAAGGAGGAGCUUGGAUCUUCGCUUUCAUUUUCCCGCUCGCCAUGACCUUGACCGCCUUCCUUACGUGGACCAUGAACUCGCUCAACCACAGCAUCGAGUAUCUCACCCAGCGCAAGCAGACCUUCAAGAAGUCCAUGUUUGUCAAGCUCCACCGUAUCUUGCUCGCAGCUGUUGUCAUUAUCUUUGCAUUCUUCAUCAUAUCGUCGGUCGCCUUUUCCCAAUCUGGUGGGGAAGGUUUUGCACCCAACACGUGGCAGUACCGGUGGUUCUUGCUCGACGGCUGGUUGGCGCUGCUGUACUUUGCCGUCUUCUCGGCCAUCGCAUGGGUGUGGAGGCCGACGGGCAACAACAUGCGCUUGGCCAUGUCGGACGAGCUGGCCACGGACGACGACCCUACGGCGGAGGGGUACGAGGUGGACACAUUUGCGGUACGAGGACCCGAUGGACCGGAGAGCGACGAUGAGGACGAUGAUGUUGAGGCGAAGAAGACCUCGCAGGGGAAUGUGCGGGGAGCGCCGAACGCCGAUGUAGUGUUCGAGAUCGGCGACGAGGAGGAUGGGGCGGACCAGAGUCGGGGUAGUGUUACCCCGGGUAGAAGGGUGGCAGGAGGAGGAGGUGAGAGGCAAGGCUUGAUGAGUGGCAGCGCGAAAAACUCGGAAGAGACGCUUGUGCCCGGUAAGAAGAAGGCUGACAAGAAUGAUUAA